CGAGGCGUAUAGGUGAAAACAACAGUAAAACAACAUCACUUAGGACUUAAUUUUCGAUACACAGAUCUUUGAGCUGUUUUUCGUUUAUCAAUAGCAGGCGAUCAGUAUUUGAUGGGUAGAUAGACAGUGGUAAAAUUUAAAGAAAGGACUCUUCAAAAUUCCGGCUUUGUAGCCACAACCAACAAUUCGAAGCUAGUAACACUUUAAUAAUUGCAUUUCUUGUUCACAAUGCUUCGAGUCUUCAUCUGUGGAGCUCACAGUGUUGGUAAAACAACCUUGGUGAACGAGGUUGGAAAAAAAUUAAGCUUGCACGUGGAAGCUGAAGUCGCAAGAAAAGUCAUCAAAGAUUUAAACCUUCGACGAGAAGAUUUCGACCCGAAGACUAAUCAAUCGAAGUUCGAAGAGCUUCAAGAAAAAAUUCUCGAAGCGCAAUGUAAAGUCGAGGAGCAGCAUUCGAGAAAUGGGACGCCGUACAUCGCAGAUCGAGGAAUUGAUCCAUUGGUUUAUUCUUUAAUGUACUUGGGGGAAAAUAGCAUGAAAAGACUGUUGAGUUUACCGUCAAGCCAAGAGUGCGUUAACAGGUACAGGACUUCCUUAGUGUUCGUGGUGCGACCCUUCCGAGAAUGCUUACAGCCCGAUGACAUCCGACUCGUGCCUAAGAUGGAGGAGCUGUCAAAGUUCACAAACCUGAUGGAGAAAGUUCUUCAGGACAACAGAAUCCCUUUUACGGUCAUCGACGUGUUAGACCUAAAGAAGAGAGUUGAUAUAGUCCAAGAAAAAAUAAUGGAACACCGAAGCCUCAAAGUUGUAACAAGAACGGAUGGAACCAUCUUUAAUCGAGAUGAUUAGGUUUCCUUUCCUGUGGCUAGAAACUGUCACGUGAUUUACUUCAUUUUAUCGUGUGUAGAUGUAAGACUGUGGAAAAACGUUCACAGGGAAACAUGACAUGCAGUCGCGCGUUACUCACGCCUUAUUGAUUGACUUCAUUAUGACUUGUACUUCGGGUGAACUGCUCAUUGCAGUCCCCCGAAAAAUGUUGUAAAUUAAAUCGGAUGAGCCACAUGAUACAGAUAAUGUACUGUACUGUGGUUUUUGAACGAAA